AUGCAUGUGCUGCCAGCCUGGUUUUUAUUUAUUUACUAAUGUAUGCAUGGGGCGGAACUUCACAGGGGCACGCGAAGUAGUUGAAUCCCGCACGAAUGCACAUGAAGCUUUAAGUUUUAAUCGUUAAAACUUCGAUUUUGCAUAUGAAAUUUUUUAUUUUCUCGGUCGCAAGUAUCAAGUUUGAGAGUUAAAACUCUAAGCUACUUUUUUUUGCCGGUUGUAGGUACUAAGGUCAUGAUUUUAUAGAUACAAGAUAGAUAGAUAGUCACGUCCAUUAUAGAUACCUGCCCCGCCGCUGUAUAGUCACGUCCAUUAUAGAUACUCGCGACCAGUUUGGCUAAAGGGGUAGGUAGAUAGAUGAGAAGAUAGCACAAAUGGCCUAUAAAAGGAUAUUUUCGUUCUCUGUUUCAUGCCCAUUAGUUUCUACUCUCACAUACAGUGUACCUUGUGCAUGCCCUACCACCAUUUCUCCCAACCCAUAACAGAACUGAACAAAGCUAGCAGUCACUCAUAGGUAGCCACCAUGGACGCGGCCUCGGUGCUUCUCCCCAUCGUCCUGGCGCUGGUGGCGAUCCCGAUCUUGCUGGCGCUACUCGACUGGCUGCGCCUCCCGCCGGGCCCGUGCCCAUGGCCGGUGGUGGGCAACCUACGCCAGAUCAAGCACGUGCGGUGCCGCUGCUUCCAGGAGUGGGCGGAGUGGUACGGGCCAAUCUUCUCCGUGUGGUUCGGCUCCUCCCUCACCGUCGUCGUCUCCACGCCGGAGCUGGCCAAGGAAGUGCUCAAGGAGCACGACCAGCAGCUCGCCAACCGCACCCGGAACCGCUCCACCCAGCGCUUCAGCCGCAACGGCCAGGACCUCGUCUGGGCCGACUACGGCCCGCACUACAUCAAGGUGCGCAAGCUGUGCAAUCUCGAGCUCUUCACACAGAAGCGGCUCGAGGCGCUGCGCCCCAUCCGGGAGGACGAGGUCACUGCCAUGGUCGCGUCUGUCCACCGCGCCGCCAUCGGCCCCGGUAAUGAAGGAAAGCCAUUAGUUGUGAGGAGUCACCUUGCUAUGGUGUCUUUCAACAAUAUAACACGGCUAGUUUUUGGGAAGCGGUUCAUGAAUGCAAAUGGUGACAUUAACGAAGAAGGGCAGGAGUUCAAGAGUAUUGUCAACAACGGGAUAAAAAUAGGUGCAUCUCUCUCUAUUGCUGAAUAUGUUUGGUACUUGAGAUGGCUGUUUCCACUUAAUGAGGAGCUUUACAAGACCCACAAUGAGAGAAGGGAUCACCUGACCAAGAAGAUCAUAGAAGAGCAUGCGAAGGCCCUUAAGGAAAGUGGUGGCAAGCAUCAUUUCGUGCAUGCACUGUUGACUCUCAGAGAACAGUAUGACCUUAGUGAUGACACAGUUUUCGGACUUCUAUGGGACAUCAUCACUACUGGCAUGGAUACAACAGUCAUAUCAGUCGAGUGGGCAAUGGCAGAGCUGGUCAGGUAUCCCAGGGUGCAGAAGAAGCUGCAAGAGGAGUUGGACAGUGUCAUCGGCCGUGACCGCGUCAUGUCCGAGACCGACUUCCAAAAACUGCCGUACUUGCUAGCCGUCGUCAAGGUCGGCGCCUACAACAUCCCAAAGGGCGCUGAUGUCACGGUGAAUGUGUGGGCGAUCGCUCGCAAUCCCGAUGUGUGGAGCAACCCGCUGGAGUACAGGCCGGAGCGUUUCCUGGAGGAGAGCAUUGACAUCAAGGGUGGUGACUUCAGGGUGCUCCCCUUCGGCGCGGGCCGGAGGGUGUGUCCUGGUGCGCAGCUGGGAAUCAACCUCGUGGCCUCCAUGAUCGGGCACCUUCUGCACCAUUUCGAGUGGUCUCUGCCAGAAGGCACCAUGCCGGAGGAUGUUGACAUGAUGGAGUCCCCCGGAAUCGUCACGUUCAUGAGCACGCCGCUGCAGGCUGUCGCCAAGCCGCGCCUGGACAAGGAGGAGUUGUACAACAGGGUCCCGGUUGAGAUGUGAGCAAGGUUUUGAAUUUUUUGAAUGAUUUUUUUUCUCAUGGGGGACCAAGAUUCCAGGUUACCAUGGUAACCAUGAAAUACCAGACAAAUUACAGGUGAAAUUAAAUAAAAUUUGAAUUCAAAAUUAUGUACCACUUAUAUACAUUAUUAUUGAACUUAAUAUAUUCAGAAACUGUCUGGUUAGGUCCACAUGACCGAGGGUCAAACCAGCGGCCUAUAUAUAAGGUUGGACUCGAUAUGGAAGACCCUAGUUACCACUGCUAUCCAUGUAACUACACAUCGACAGUUUAAAUUAUUAUUUUUUGAAAGUUCUAGUAUUUGUUUUACUCGGUAUAUGGGUUUCUCAUGGGGCAGCGAAAUUUGCCGUUAGCAGUUGGUUUGUAAAAAAUAAAAAACCUU